AUGUCUUCCUCCCGGUCGGGCUCUAGUCAGGGCAGCAAGAAGCCCAGGGCCUCGCAGAAAUCCAUGCGUCAGCUUAUUGAGUCUCUUAGAAGCCACAGAGUCAAUACCCUCACAGAGCUCUGUCGAAUUGAGCGAGCUGCCGCGAGCUGCCAGAAUGAAGAGGAUGCUCAAGAGUUCCAGGGACCAAUGACCUCGGCUUGGGACUACUACGUUACCAGUCACCAAUUUCUGACAGAACUUCGUGGCCUUACCAGGAACUAUCCCUUCUGUGGCGACAUUGUGACGGAUGCCCAUUUCCGCGUGAGGAGCGACCCGGAGUCCAACCGGAGCUGGAAUCUCGCUUGGUUGUGUUUGAUCAAAAUACAAGACGACAACCUGAUCUCCAGCUAUGCUGCAGUCGAGGCUUCAAAGCCCGAAAUGUGGGGAGGGCGUUAUCCCGAACCAGAAGAGAGCGAGCAGCUUGCCCAGUGCUUUGAGUACGAAUGGAGUCAAGCUGUGGCCGGCAUGCUCCGACAUUGGCCGGUGCCUCCAACCUGGUACUAA